AUAGGAUAGGAGCCCAUUCCUUCAUCAGCACGAUCGGAAUCGCUGCGUAGUCAUUUCGACUGUGCGCACGUCGUUUGACCUUGUCGCUUCACGCAAGUUGCAGCGCUCGACGUGUAAGGCAUCCCUAGAGCACCGCUGAUGCCUUCUCGCUUCUCCCUUGACCGCGAUUCACACACUGCGCGCCGAUAGCCGAUAGCAGGUAGCUGGUAGGAGCGAGCGCCAUGGGCAAGCCAGAAUCGAGAGUCGCGGAAGGGGCGGACGCAGGCAGUCCGGGGAAAGCGGAGGGGCCGACAGCGGAGGAGGCGGGGAAGCGGAGGGAGCGGUUGGGGGCGGAGAUGCGCAAGGCGGUGGCGCAGCUGGACAAGGCGGAGCCCGCCGCCGUGGUCGAGGGGCUGCAGCGGCUGCACGCGCGCAUCGCGAGGCACGGCGCGCGCGCCGUGGAGGCGUACGUGCGCGUGUCGCCCCCGGACUGGCUGCAGCUGCUCCAGCUGUGGGACGCCUGCCAUCGCCGCGGCGGCUCGCACCAGGUGGCGGUGCCGCUCAUGGCGGUGCUGGCAGACAUCCUCGCCCUCACCGCGCACACACCCAGCCCCCAUUCCCCCACAUCGUCCCGCGCCCCUCCCUCAGCUCCCCCGCCCGUGCUGGGCGCACCGCUGCCCCUCUCCCGGCGCAUAGAGGCCCUGGCGCGCGCCGUGCUGACCCGGUGCUGCAGGAAAGGCGGCAUCUACCCCCACCUCGCCUCCCCCCUCCGCCUGCACUCCAACUCCGCCCUGCGCCUCCUCCUCGCCCUCUCCCUCGUCUCCGCCCCUCUCACCCGCUACCUCCUCCUCUCCUUCGACUUCUCCCUCCCCGCCCUCCCCUCCCUCACGCAACCCCCCGCGCCCCCCCAGGCUGCAGGCAGCGGGGGGAGGGGGAAGGGGAAGCAAAUGGGCGCACAAGGGGGGGAAGCGGGCGCGGUGUUCUGGUCAGGCACACCUGCGGUGGUAGUGGGGGGGGAGGAGGAGCAGGAGCGGGAGCAGGGGGAGCAGGGGGCGUUAUUAUUGGCAUUGAGGGGAGGCAAGCAAGGGGAGCGGGAGGGUGGAGGGGCGUGUGAGGAGGUGGGGGAGUUGCCUCCGCGGGUGCUGGUGGUGGAGUGGGUGGUGGCGUGCCUCGCCAUGGCGGAUGCUGCCUCACUCACGCACGCCCUGGUGGCGCUCAGACCGCAGCUCGCCGGCAUUCUCUGGCGCCUCGCAGGGGACCACCCCGUCACAGCAGCCAAGGUGCUAUGGGUGCUGCAGACGCGCAUCAUGGCUGCCAGUAGCAACGUGCCACGUGGCCUGCAGGGAGCACUGUUUGGGGAGAGUGCACUGGAGCAGAUGGCGCGCGGUUGGGCAGACAAGGAGGGGGCAGAGGAGCUGUGGGCUCACGACAAGAGCGGAUCCACAUCCACCUUGUCUGCUGCUGCUUCCGAAGCCUCCUCUCAUUGGUCGGCUGGCAUGGAUCGUCUUAUCCGCCUGGCCCGUGGGCUGCGUGUGCUGCAGUGUGCCGCCCACCGCACGCUGCUUCUGGCCAUGGCCCAGGCGAGCCCUCCCCUCGCUGCUGCGUACCUGCAGCACCCCCCCUUCUCGCUGCAGCCCAGGCCGCAUGCCCACUGGUUCGCGGGCAUGGCCAUUGUGAGCCGCCUUGUGCGCAUCUCCUCCGCCCUGCCCCUGCUCUCCCCCUCCUCGCCCUUCGCCCUCCACCUCCCCUCCACCAACGUCGCCCCCCUCCUCUCCCGCAUCAUCCCCCCGUGCCUCUCCCGCCCCAUCCUCACGCGCUCCCUCCUGCACCGUUCGCCCCGCGUGCGCCUGCUGGCGCUCUGCACGCUCCUCGACUGCCUCGCCGCGCUGCUGCCCCUCCUCGCCCUCGCCCGCCCCCUCGCUGCUGCGCCCGGCUGCGUGGAUGGGGCAGGGGAGAGUGCGGAGGGGGAGGAAGGGUUGUGGUGGAGAAGAGGGUGCGAGGGUGGGGAUGGGGAGCAGAUGAGGAAGGAGGUGGAAACACAAUUAUCUGAUCAGCGCCCCGUGGCAGGCAUGUAUUGGAGUGCGGUGGUGGGGGCAGUGCGAGGGCAUGUGGUGGGCGCCGUGCCAGACCCGCAGAUAGUGCUGGGCGUGCUGGCAGGGGUGGAGCACAGCACGGCGGAGGGGGGCAGGGAAGAAGCGCGGAAAGGGGCAACUGUGUGCGGGGUGAUGGGGGAGGGCGGGAGGGAGGGAGAUGAGGAGGGGAAGGUGGAGGAAGGAGUGGAGGGCGGAGCGGCAGAGGAGGAGCAGGAGGAGGACGAGGAAGAGGAGGAGGUGGGGUUGGAUGAUGAGAUGGAUGAGGAGGAGGAGGGUGGGCGGUGGCCGGUGCGCCUGCUGCUGCACUGCAAGGCACUGCGCCUCCUCUCCCUCUACCAGCUCGUUGUGCCGGCCGCGGUGGCGGGCUGCCACGUGGACCCGCUGCGCUUCCUGCGCCCCGACCUGCCCUCGCUGCCGCCGCCCCUCCUCACAGCCACUCUGCGCCUCCUCCUCGCGUUCUUCCCCCCUCCCGCCCCACCCACCCUCGCAUCGCUGCCGCCACCUGCCGUGUCCCAAGGCGCCGGAACACCCGAGUGCAAUUCGCCCUGGCCCGCACCCUCUGCCUGCCUCGCCCUCUCCACCUUUCCUCUCCACAGCCACCUCCUCCCUCUGCUUCUGCUGCGCCUCUCCGGCCCUCCCCCCGACCUCGCUUCCGAUAUCGACUGGCUGUGCAACGCUGCCAUGCUCUCCUCCCAUGCCUUUGAUGCCCGCCAAGCAGAGGCCACCAUCUGGCUGCGCUUGCUGCCUGCCAUCCCACCCAACAGCAGCACCAGCAGCAGCAGCGUGGCGGCAGCGCGUGCUGUGGCGUCCUUCCUGGCAGAUGCCCUGGCCUGUGUGGCCCGAGCGCCUCUCAAGUACCUCCUCGCCCUCCCUGCCACCUCGCCACCCUCGCCACAUGCAUCCCACUGCCCCUCCUGCCGCGUUUGUGACGGACACACAGCCAUGGGCUUCCUCGGCCCCUUCCCCGCCUGCAUCCUCUCCAACUGCCUCAAAGUGCUGCUCGCCCCCUCCCCCCCCCCCGCCGCCUCCUCCUCCUCUGCUGCGCCUGUGAAGCUGGCCAUCGCUGCCUUCACCUGCAGCGCCCUCACCCAACUCAUCACCCUUCAGGACUGCCCUCUCCCUCUCGCUGCUCUCAUCACUCACAUCCUCCGUCCUGCUAUCUCUUCCCCCUCCUCCUCCUCCUGCGCCUCUCCACACCCGCGCCCUCCGCUCGCUCCACCUCUCCUUUGCUUGCAAGAGUUGCUGCGUUUGGCGCGCUCACUGCUUCCGGCACGAGGCCAGGGGGAGGACGAGGAGAACGGGGACGGGGACGGACCACACACCACCACUGCUGCUGCUCAUGGCGAUGGCGAUGGCGAUGGGAGUCAUGGUGCUCUUGGCGAUGAUGCUUAUGGCGAUGAGGGGCGUGCAGCACUAGAGGCGGCAGAAGUGAGCCUGGAGUCAGAGCAAGAGGGUGGCAGAGGCGCUGCUCUCGCAUCCUUCACACUCGCCCUCUCCGCUUCCCACCCACCUGCCCUUAUCGCCCUCCUCCCUCGCCUUGCCUCUCUCGCUGCGUCCCUUCCCCCACCCGCCAUGCCCCUUCUCUCCUCCACUCUUCUCACCCAUGGCCUCCUCCCCUCCCUACUGCCAGCGCACCUCCCUGUGCUGCUGGAAGCGUCUGCCUUGGCGCGCCAUGCACUGCUGCCCGCUGCCGCCCGUCACACGUGUGUGCCUCCCUGCGUGGCCUCACCGCUGCCUCUCGCCCUUCCGCCCAUGCCCGCCUCCCCACACCCCUCCACCUUGGUCCUCUCCCGCGUCCUCCUCUCCCUGCCCUUCGCCCCCCUCCUCUCUCUGUGCCUGCACGCCCUCCUCUCCCCCCUCAAGCCCCGCCACCGCCUCGCCUCCUCCCUCUGCGCGCUGCUCCUUGCGCGUCUGCACGUGUGGGGAGGGGCAAGCCGUGCACGUGCGGGCCAGGGGGAGGCAAGCAUGUGGACGGAGCGGAGGGGCGAGGCGGGGAGGGCUGUGCUGUUUGAGCUGGGGCGAGUGCUUGGGGCGGCCAGGGCAGGGGGCGAGCAGGUGGCGAUGAAGGGCGGCGAGUGGCGGCGGCGGCAGCGCUGUGUGCGCGUGUGCGUGGCGCUGCUGGAGGCCGCACUCAUGCCGCCCGGCACGCCGGGCCAUGCCACGCAGGAUGAUAGCGGGUGGAGUGGAGGGGGGAAAGGCAGAGGGCAGCAUGGGGACGUGGAGAGUGAGAGGGUGUGUGAGUUUGUGGUGCAAGCAUCGGACAUCAUGUCGCACCCAUUUCUGUUGGCAGCAUUCAGGGGCCACUUGGACGCCGUGACUGCCUGGCCGUCUGUGCGCCUCUCCUCCCUCCGCACCUUCCUCCGCCUGUCCAUCUCCCGCCUCCUCCUUCGCCUCCUCCUCUUCUGCCGUUCACUUCACCUCCCUGCUCCCCUCUCACCCACCCCCCCACCAGCCCUCACCGCCCUCCCUCUGCUGCAGGCCUGCCAGCCUUUCCUCUGCUCCGCCCAUCACUCUCUUGCUGCCUCCCUCACGCCAUUCCUCCCCUCCCCAUCCCCCUCUUCCCCUUGUCGUCCCGCUGCUCCCCCCACUGCCACUGACGUGGUGCUGCUGGCGGAGGCAGGGUGGGAUGGCAGGGGCAGGGGCGGCAGCAGGGGCGAGGAGGAGAGCACAUGGUGGCAGGGGAUGGAAGGGAGGGCGCUCAGCGAGUGGCACUUUGAGUUUGAGACGUGCCGUGUGGCGUGGAGGGGGGAGGUGGAGAUGAAUGGUGAUGGGUGUGGGGUGGCAGUGCCAGUGGGCGUGGUGGUGGCAUUGUGGCUCACGGACUUCAUUGCUCUGUGUUGCCACUCCUCCCCAUCUCCCCUUGCUCCCCCCUUCGCUCUCUGUGCCUCUUCUCUUCUGCCCGGACUCGCCCCUUCCUUGCCCGACCUCCUCCCUCUCCCCUGCUCCCCCUGCCUCGCCAGCCUGGCAGCAUGGGCGGGAUGGAUGGCAGCAGUGGCGCAGGGCAUGGCAGGCGGGCAGAUGCUGAUGCAUGGGGGAGAAGCAGGGGAUGGUGAGGGGGAGCGUGUGAGGGGGGCAUGUGAGCACAUGGCGCUGAGACUGGCGUGUUUGACAUUCGCUCAUGCCAAGGCAGCCAUGGGAGAUGGGCGUGCUGGAGUGCCGUGGCUCGCCCCACAGGCAUCGCCACAGCCACUGCCCCGCGCAAGCGCGCAAGGUGAGGGCCAAGGUGCAUCGCUCUCACUCGCAGCGCUGGUGGAGUGGGCCAUGCGCGCCCUGCUCACACGAGGCACACCCCUGGCAGAGCGCACUGUUGUAGCGGCACUGGAAGCUGCACAGCAUCUUCCUGCGCUGCACGUGUGGCCUGGCCCACUGCCCUCCCAAGCACCACCCUCUUGCGUUCGCCUGCAGCCCGUGUCCACAGGGGCCGUUGAGAGGCGAGUGAUUGAGGUGUGCGUGCAGCAGCCAUCUUGGCGCCGAGGCAACCUGCUCUCGCUGCUUCUGGCCGCCCACGGGCUCCCAGAGGGACGCAGCGAGUGCAGCGCGAGGGCAGGCGAGGUGGUGCAGGCGGUGGCGCAGUGGAUGGGCGGGGAGGCGAGGCAGUGGGCGGGCACACAGCAAGUGAGGGGCAAGGGUGGCAGGGGUGGUGCUGAUGGUGCUGGGGAGCCUGCAUGGUGGCGGGAUGAGGACAGGUGGCUGAAGAUGGUCAUGCUGCUGCCGGCAGUGGCUGCUGCUGUGGGUGGGCAGGGGAAGGAAGGGGAGGGCGGUGGGGCAGCAGCGACGAGUGUGGUGGCGUGCAUGUACCGAGACAUGCUCAUCGACCUGCUCGCACACAGCACCUCGUCCCAUGGUGCCCACGCCACCCCUUCCUACCACCAUCCUCUCUCUCUCAUUCCUCCUCAUUUCCUUCCCGCCUUGCUCUCAUUCGUCCCUGCUUUCCUCCACUCCCUCCUCCUCUCUCACCCCCUCCCCCGCGCGCGCCUCUCCUCGCUCUUCCACGUGCUGGUGGUGCGGGAGAAGCACAAGGCAGGGAAGGGCGGGGUGGGGAAGGGGAAGGCGAAGGGGAGAGGGAAGAGCAGGGCGAAGGCGGAGGAGAGUAGAGGGGGGGUGCUUGUGGGUGAGGGGUGGCUCGUGCAGGGAGGGUGUGUGUCGGCUGAGGUGCUACUGCAGGUGUCGCUGGCCUCCCUGCUCGCCUGUGCUCACCCUCACCCCGUGGGCAUGCCGCCCCACAGCAGCACUGACAGUGGCGGGGUUGGUGUUGGCAGGGGCUGUGGUGAGGGCGAGAGCGUGAGGAGUAUUUUGGACACGCCUGCUGAGCAGAUCAAGGUUUUCAGUGCGCUUUUGAUAUUUCUUGGAAGCAUCUUGCCUCUAGCACCAGAGGCACAAGUGUCUGUGGUGGCAUGCAGUGGUGCUGGCAGUGGGUGGGGCGUGAGAGGGGAUGUGGGGAGUGGAGACGAGAGGGCAAGGGCAGGGGGGCGGGUGACAAUGACAGUGGGGCAGCUGCAGCAGUUUGCUGCCAUCCAGGUGGCCCGCGUUGCCACCCAUCUUGCACACACGCUCCCUGCUGCUCCAUCUGCCGCCGUGCCACCACACCCGCUACCAUCUCCCGCCAGCCCAGACGCCUCCUUGCCUGAGGUGCAGCUCGCCCUCUCCUCGCUGCACCAUGCAGCCGUGGUGUGCCUCAAGCACCGCUUUGCUCACCCACACUGCUUCCACGCCCUCACCCUCGCCUGCCACGCCCUGCUCACCGCCGCCACUGCCCCCUCGCCUCGUGCUCCAAGGCAUCCUGCGUCAGCAACAGCAGUAUCACCGUCGCCACCACAGGGGCCGUCGCCGGCAGCAGCAGCGGCAGCAGCAGUGUCCAGCGUGGGCGCGGCCCUGUUUGACCUCCUCCUCGCCCACUCGCGCAUGCUGCCGCUCCUCCUCUCCCCCUCCUCUGGCUGCUCCGCCUCUCCCCUGCCUGCAGUGCUGGGCCGGCAACUUGACAAGGACAGGAGCAGAGCCCUCUCGCUCCCCUCCCCCCUCUCCCUCAUCCCCCAUCCCUUCCUCCCCGACCUCCCCCUCAUUGCCGCCUCCUCCUGCCCACCCUCUGCUGCUGCCAGUCCUCCCUCGCGUGGGAGGUGGUCUGGGGCAGCGAGGCAGCUGCGAGAGGAGCAGAGAGGCGGAGAGGGAGUGGAAUUGGGAGAGGGAGAGGCAGAGGGAGAGGCAGAGGGAGAGGCAUGGGGGCUUGGAGGUGGCAGAAUGCAUACAGGAGGCGGGGCAGCAGCAGGCAUUGCGGUGGGGGUGCAAGCCAGCGAGCUCCUGCAGACGAGAUUUCACUCCACCAUGCUCUGGCCGUUUACAGCGCCACGCGUGGCGCGAGACUGUGCAGGGAGAAGGGAGAGAGAAGGGGAAGAGGGGGAGAGGAUUGAUGGGGAAUCAGGCAAAGGAGGGAAGAGGAGGGGGGAGGAGGGAGGAGCAGAGACAGUUGAUGGCGCAUCCAGGUUGGAAUUGCUGCGACUCAUGACUGUUCUCCUGCGAAUGCGAAUGUGCCACGUGUCUGGGCGUGCAUGCUCACCCGCGUCUGUGCGUGCCGUGCAGUCGCUCUUCCCCCUGCUGCUCUCCCUCUACUCCGCCACGCUCAGCCCCACCGACUGCACACUGCUCACCCUCAUGCGCCUCAUUGCCCGCCUGGGGGGGCGGGGCAAGGCACACAAGGGGCACCAGGGAGACAAUGGCACCCACGCACAGGGGCACUCAGCAGGUGGUGCACAUGGGCUCAGUGCGGUUGGUGCGAGCGAGUUCAGGGGCUUCGAGUGGUUUGACUUCCUCUGGGGGCAAGGGGCCGCAGCGCGCUGGGAGGGGCAGCAGGGGAUGGGGAGGGCAUCGGCGCAGGCUGCAGUGUGUGCUGCAUCUGGUGGUGAGGGCAAGGCAGGGGGUGCGGUGGGGGGCGGCAGGGAGGAGGUGGAGCCCGGGAGAGAACAAGUCGCUGGGAAUGGAGAGGCGGUGCGUGAGGGGCGUGAGGGGGGGGUGUUUGAGGGGCGAGAGCAGCGGCAGUGGCGGUUCUGGUGGGAGGAGGCUGCGGUGGAUGCAACGCGCUGCGGGCUGCUCGUGCUCGCCUUCCCUCCUCACCGACGCGCGGGCCUGGGGGACGAGGGGCGAGAUGGUGAGGAGGGAGAAAUGAAGGACGUGUAUGAAGAGGGGCGGUGGGCGAAUGAGUGGGCGGGGUAUGGGGGCACAUGUACGUGCAGUGCAUGUUGCAGAGGAGGCAGGGGCGACCCUUGUGAGUGGCAGCAGGGCGGGCAGGGACAUCCCCUUCCCGGCUCGGCAGCGGCUCAGGACGUGGCUGUGCAGCAGGCCGCCUACGACCCCGCCUUCCUCCUCCCCUUUACCCUCCACGCCCUCUCCCGCCGCCUGCUCUCGCCCCGCAUGGCCGCCCGCUCCGGCCUCAUCGCCACUGCCAUCGCCAGCCUGGCGUCGGCGCGACAGUGCAUGAGGCGCCUCGGAUAUGCCACGCUCGCCCUCUUCAGCGCCCUGCUCGAGGAGCAGGAGGAGGGGUGGAGGGAGCAGCGCGCGGUGCAGCAUGUGGUGCGCUGCGUGCGAGGCAGCGUCACCAGCACGUGGCAGCGCCUGCCGCGCCUCUCUGUGCUCUUCAUGGCCGAGAUGCUCCAAGUCAUGCACCUCGGUGGAGCCUCCCCGCUCUUCCCUCUCCUCUCCCAAACGCUUCUCUCCCAACCAUCCUUCAACCUCAAGUCCGUGCCACUGUUUCUGCCGUGUCUCUUCAGCGGCUCCCCCCACCACCGCGCCCAGCGCACGUGGAUGCUGCACCUCCUGGCUGCGCUCGCCCUGCCACCCCUGCAUGCCUCGCCUGCUGCUGCUGCCGCCUCAUUGCUUCCCCUUCCCCCACAGCACGUGGCUGCGGGGAGAGAAGGGCAGAGGAAUGAUGAUGGGACAGCGGAUAAGGGCGAGGGUGGCCAAGGGGAUGGUGGCAGUGGUAGGGCAGAGGAGCGGCAUGAAGAUGCCAGCGCCCAGGAGGAUGCCGUUUUGCGCCGCCGCUUCGUAGUGGAGCUUUUGGGAAGCUUCUUUGCAUGCGGGGUGUGCGAUGCGUUCACGUGCAAGCUCAUCCUGCAGGUGCUGCGGCGCCUGUGCCGCCUGCCCUCGUAUGCAGACCACCUUGUGCGGCAGGGCGGGCUGCUGCUGUGGCUGACAGCCGUGGUCCAAGCUGCCACUCACAGCCUCCACCGCGCCCACGCCCACACCGCCCACCUCGCUCUCUUGCUGCCACCCACCUCAGGGGCAGGGGGGCCUGCUGGAUAUGCUGCAGCAGAAGCAGCGGCAGCAGCAGGGCGGGCGGAUGGGAGGCAGUCAGGGAUGGAUGUUGUGGCGCUCGUGGUGGAGGUACUGCAAGGGCUGCUGUCGUGCCCACCAGUACAUGCAGCACUGCACUCGCAUGCAAGCCCGGCCUCCCAUCACCUCCUCCUCCUCUGCGGCACACUGCAACAUGCAUCACACACAGCCGUCACCACUAUCCGGGGUGCCACCUCUAGCACCCACCACCUCUCUUCUUCAUCACUUGGGCUAGCAAGGCUUACCCACUCUGCCAUGGUGAAGCUGAGAGCUGUUUUGCAGGAUGUGAGGCAUCACUUAGCAGAACAGCAAGGUAGACUGACGGAGUAGCCAUGCUGGAAGUUGUGCAGACAGCUGGAAGCAUUGGUAGAUCUGGAAAGCAAUGCGCAUGCUAGGGUAUGCCUGGAAGCUUAGGAAUUUGGGAAUUUAUAUGGUAGUGCUAUCUGUCAAACAUGUGUAUUUGUCAUGUUUGUAUAGACUGUAUAGGGUCGCCUCUUAGAGAGUACA